CGGCGCUCUGUGGUGGAGGCACGGGGCGGCGGCCGCUCUGUGCGGCGGACUCUGUGGUGCGGAGUCCCGGAAGCGGCGGGCGGGCGCGCAAUGGCGGAGAGCCCGGCGGCCGAGGAGGCGGCCCCGGCGGCGGCCGCGGUGCUGACGGCGGGCAGCGGAGGCGCAGCCCCGCCCGGCGCCGCGGGGACCCCCGGCGUCUUCAUCCCCGCCGAACUGUGGGCGGCGGCGGGCUUCGGCGCCGCCGCCCCCGGUACCGGCCCGGGCAGCGGCGGCGCGGGGGCCCCGAUCGCGGCGGCGGCAGCGGCGGCGGGGGCCGCGCUGCUCACGCACUCCGCCUUCUGGGACCCCACGGUCAGCGGCGACUGGGACAGCGAGCGGCCCAGCCCCGCCUGCCUCCUGCGCAUCAAACGGGAUAUCAUGUCCAUUUACAAGGAACCGCCCCCGGGAAUGUUCGUUGUGCCUGAUCCCCACGACAUGACCAAGAUUCAUGCAUUGAUCACAGGCCCAUUUGACACGCCUUAUGAAGGGGGUUUCUUCUUGUUCCUGUUUCGCUGUCCUCCAGAUUAUCCCAUCCACCCACCAAGGGUCAAACUGAUGACAACGGGAAAUAACACAGUGAGGUUUAACCCCAACUUCUACCGCAAUGGGAAAGUCUGCCUGAGUAUCCUGGGCACCUGGACCGGGCCGGCAUGGAGCCCCGCACAGAGCAUCUCCUCAGUCCUCAUCUCCAUCCAGUCCCUGAUGACUGAGAACCCGUACCACAACGAACCUGGCUUCGAGCAGGAGAGGCACCCCGGGGACAGCAAGAACUAUAAUGAGUGCAUUCGGCACGAGACCAUCCGGGUGGCAGUGUGCGACAUGCUGGAAGGAAAGUGUCCCUGUCCUGAGCCAUUACGGGGUGUAAUGGAGAAAUCCUUCAUGGAAUACUACGACUUCUAUGAAGGGGUGUGUAAAGAGAGACUUUAUCUCCAAGGACAGACGAUGCAGGAUCCUUUUGGUGAAAAGCGAGGCCACUUUGAUUAUCAAUCCCUAUUAGUGCGUUUGCAAGGAAUCCGGCAGAAGGUGCAAGAGAAACACCAGCAGGAGAACACAGAAAUAGACUCUGAGAGCAGCUCCUCCGAGACAGAGACAGACACUCAGGGCUGCUCUAAAGCUUAGAGCUGCGUUAACUGUGGAGAGGCCAAGUCACGGGGAUGUUCCGUCUUCACAGCCCCGAGUAUCCCUGACAGACUGGACAACCAAACCAACGCCAGAGUCGAGGAAACGGCGGGGUGCCUCCUGUCUCCUUUCGCUGCUCUGGGGGAUAAUGCUGAGCAAGAAGACUCCACACUAGACAAAGCCAAGCUUGUGGCAGGCUACUCUCAAAAGGUACUUACUGUGCUAGAAAGCGGAGCAUGUGGCACCAGGUUAUUUUUUGGAAACGCCUACACUGGUUGGUUUUUCUUUUCCCUUUUCUCCAUUUGAUUAAAGAAUGAGAACUAGACUGCGAAUCCUCUUUACAGCUGUUCUGUUCCUGGAGAGCGAGCCCUUCCCUGGGGCCAUGCAGAACGGGGAGCUGUGGGAGCGCUGUGAUGAAUCCAGGGUGUGACAGGCGAAGGCUUUUUGUGCGGGUUGGGAGGGAUUGAGCCCAUCUACCUGAUGUCUUUCUUCUAGACACUGUUCUAGACAGACCAAAGAUAAAGAGCAGUGGUGGAAUCUGGGCUCCUCUCUGAAAGCUUUACUCAAGCCCUGGGUGACUUUGUCCGCUGAGACUUCAAGUGCGAAGGGGCAGAUGAGAAUUGCAAACUGCAGGAAUCCCUGAGUCAAGGGCAGGUGGUGCAUUCAUCCUGGAGUUUUGGGGAAGGGAGGCUGAGGAAAUCAUUGAUCAGAGAUGGUGGAGCACUGAAAAAUGUCUAGUUUGUGUAUUUUUUUUAAGGUGAUUAUUUGAAUUUAACAUUCUAGAAAUACCUUAUUCUGGCUGCUCUGAACAAGGCUGUUUUGUUCCCUUUACUGACGUUCUCUUUGCUUUCCACCUCUACUUGGUGCAGUAUUUUAUUUUCCUCUCUUCCUCCUGCACCUUGCUCCCUGCCGCUCCCCUAAUCCAUCAGACCAGAGCCCUAGGAUAAGGGAAGUGAGGAAGCUACGGAAGCCGCUGCUCAGGGGUGCGGUUCUUCAGUGGCGUAUGCCUUGCUACUGACAAAUUCCUUUGCUGAGCUUGGCCGAGCUGUCCCAUUAACCCUGCAGGGCUUUGGAGGCUUUAGGCAGCGGAUUCUCCCCAUGAGCGGAGACCAGUGCUCAGGGAGAGGGGUCCGCUGGCUGCCAGAGCUGUUGCAUCAAGGAUGUAUUCAGUGUCACUUGGACGGAGGUGAAAUUCGCAAUUUCUCUGGUGGUGACUGACUGGAGCAGUGUAAUAUUUUGUUGAUAAAGAGCUUAAUCUACUUUCUAAUUAUUGUUAUGGGAGCUUUGAUAGGAAGCUAAGCACAAAGUUGCACAUUGCCCUGCCCUCUCCCUGUUUCCUUACACACCUUCCCACAAUCUCAGCCCUGUUUUGGACUCCUCAUGGAGGUGGGUGAAUGUCCAACACGGUCAGCUUUGUUCUAAAAGAAGCAGAGAAAGGGGCCAGAAGGCCCCUGCCGUGCGCUGCACACAAGGCAUUGCCCCCACGUGUCACUGAGUUCAGGCUCUGAUUUAUAUCAACGACUGAAGAAGUCGGGAGCCUGCACGCUGCUGCCUGAGCAGCUCCAGAAAGCUGGAAGGUGGAAACAUUUCUGAACGGUUAAGGUGCCCUUUAACAACUUGAGAACCUUUUUUCCCUUCCCCUGAGUCUGUCCUUGCCUUGAUUUAGACUUAACCCCUGUCUUCCCUCGAGGGAAAGCUGAGCUUACAUAGGACUCACUUGACGCAUCCAGCAGAUGAGAGUAACUAGAGCAGCGCUCACUGGGAACAGAGGCUGUAGGAGGGUCUCGUGGGAAGCCCCGAGCUGCCCUCUCCAUUACCACCUCCGAUCCCUUUGUAAAUGUUGCGUUGUUUUUCACCGUUUGGUAGCAUUGUGGGUAGAACCGUGAAUGCUCCCUUCCCGAGGCAGAGCUGGUUCUGAAACCUGUGUGAUGCAUGUGGCGUUAACCACCCACUGAUCCGACCGAACAAGAAAAUGCCUUACUGUGACACUCCUCACCUGACUCGCAUGUGGCUGUAACAGAGAAGCAUUGGUUUUAUAGCUCUAACGUCUGUCCUGCCAUUUCUGAAUGUUUCCAAGUGACAAUCCUGAAACGACUGCUCUAGGCAGAGAUGUUUUAGCAACAGAUUUUUAGGCCUAAUUGAGUUGAAAAUAUAUGCACAAGAGUCA